AUGAUCGGCUUUCGUGCACCGAAACGUCAAAGUCACUAUAUGAUCAAUAUAAAAGUAUCAAUUAAUCAAGUUAUAAAUUUGGGAAGUAAUCGAUUUGAAGGUUUGUGAGAUUGUUGAGAUACAAAAAAAAGUGUGUUGAGAUCUGCUCUGGAAAUAAUGGAUAUUAUCAAUGCAACAAGGACAACAAAAAGGAGAAUCAUUCUACAAAAAAGAAAAAUAAUCUGUUCAACACGUAGAAAUAAAUAAUAUAAAUCUUUUUUCUGACGAUCGAUUAUCUUGGAGAACAAUUAUAGUUUGAGAAAGUUUUUUUCACUUAACAUAUUUUCGAUACGUAGAAUAAGACUAUAUAAUACAUAUGAUUUCUUUCGGGGGUGUGGAUGUCAAUUUGAAAUUAGAUCUAAACCAUACCUCAAACUCACACUCACACUCACACCUCUAUACACAUCUUUGUCAAUUCAAAUUAGGUUUAUUGAAAAAAUGAUUCGUAUUUAUGUUCAUGUUGGAUAACAAUGUCUUUUUUUGAUUUUUUCCUUAUUAUUUAUGACUAAUCUUCCUAUAUAUUAUCCGUUUCAAAAUAUAAAGUGCUUCACUGUUUUUUAAAUAACUUUUCAUAGGAACACUGUAGAGACCUGCGGUUUUCGCCAUUCGAGAGAGGACACCGAGGGACAUCGAAACAUAUUCGAAAUUUGAUUGGUCAGCUA